AGUUGGCAGGACUGAACAGAAGCUCCCGGAGACAAAAUUUUGCUUGGUUUCAAAUCACGGUGUUGGUAAGGAUGAGUUUUCCGCCGAACUUUUCGUGGGUGUCGGAGGGUCUGCUGGCUGCCCUGGCGUUUCCCGGGGAGAAGGAACACCUACAGUACCUGGUCAAUCAGGGGGUCACUUACCUGGUCUCCCUCACCGCCGAGUCCAGUCCACCUGUCAAGGAGGUGCCAGAGCUGAAAUGGACGCAGCUCAAGAUCCAUGACUUCACUCCCCCAACCAUGGAGCAGGUGGAAAAGUUCUUAGAGAUAGUCAAGGAGGCCAAGAAAAAGAAAACGGCCGUUGCUAUUCACUGCGCAGCCGGUAGAGGGCGUACUGGCACCAUGGUGGCCUGCUUCCUCGUGAAUGAGCGCCACCUAACGGCCAAGGAUGCCAUUGACGUGAUCCGGGAGUUGAGACCGGGAUCAGUGGAGACUGUGGAGCAGGAACAGUUGAUUGCGGAAUAUGAGCAGAAGCUGAGGAACGAAGAAAACUGGAAACCGGUCAAGCGCUAGAAUGUCAAGCCAGAGUGGGCCAAGACACGCGGACACAAAAACUCUGAAGCAUCCCUUACCUAUUAUAACGCCCGUCCAUGUCAAGACAAGACGGCUGACUCGUCCACACCAAACAACUUUCUCAUCAUUUAGAAAUUUAUUACACAAAACUCGCCCAACGACUAUGGGUCUGUAAGGCACUAUAAGAACACUGACAGUAGUAUGGGAUUAGUACUUGUAGAUUUUUAAUUAUUUUUACAGAAAAUAUGAUGUCAACCGCACACAACCUGCAAAGGUAAUAUGUAAGACAAACAGACUUUCAGUAGCGUUGACUUUACAGAUGUUGUCAGUUUUGUAAGCUUGUUGUCUGGACGCAUGAAGAUUCUCCGUAAUGUCAGAGCUUUUGUGUCACCUGGCUGUGGACGCUACAACCUUCCCUCUCUAGUGUUAAGCUGUGAGACAAUAAUGGUGCUAAACACUUUUAUCUCCACACAGAUAUAGUUUCGUACACAAAUGUUGCUUUAUUAUCUUUCUGAUGAUAAUUGUGUGUUGUGUGUAGUCGGUGGUUCCGAUAAGUUUUUUUUUUAUAAAUCUGUUGCCUUUGUGCUUGACACAUUAAACUGGCCAAAUUUG